CACCGUCUUCCUCUCUAGUGACUGACAACUGCAAUUUAUUCGCCAUAAAGAAUCUUGGGAUAUCACCGGAAGCACAGUAGCUAGGUUUUCAAAGUGUCCUUGUGCACUCACCUAGAAGUUUACUAAAAUGUACAGACAACUUAUGAGUCUUCGGCAGCUGUCCAGCCGGACUAUCUCCAGUAGUGCCCGCAGACAAGUUGACAACAUGGUCAAGGAGAAGCAGAAGCUGUUCCAGGAAGAUAACGGCAUACCAGUCCAUCUGAAGGGAGGAGCCAAGGAUGCUAUUCUGUACAGGGCAACGAUGGCCCUUACAGUCUUUGGAAGUGGAUUUGUCRUCUAUGAACUCCUCAAUGCAGCAAUGCCCAAGAAGGCAUGAGUGCCCUUGUCCAUUUCCAUUCCUAAAUCAAUCUUCUCUGUUGUACAGAUGUAUGAUCUGGGAGAUUUUUUUUGUUGGUCCUGUCAAUAAUGCCAAUUUUUUUCAUGCACGGGAUCAAUAUUUAUUGAUUGUUCAAUGAAUGUACCAUAGAGAAUAAAACAACCACAAUACAAAGUA